GGAGCAGAGAGGGCGGGAGGUAUAUGUGAGGCUGCGCUGCAGUUAUGUGAUGAUGAUUAGGCGAAUGAGCUGCCCGGUGGUCCUGGUGCUGUUGCUGUGUGUGCUGCGGGUGUCACAGGCGGGACAUGAACAUAAUGAUGUCAUGGUGCAACUUGAUGGGGGAAAGUUCAUCAUGGGAACAAAUGCACCUAAUGGUAAAGAUGGAGAAUUUCCAGCCAAGCAGGUGACAGUGAAGCCAUUUGCUAUUGACAGAUAUCCGGUCACCAACAAGAAUUUCAGAGAAUUUGUACGGGCAAAAAAAUAUAAAUCAGAAGCAGAGACAUUUGGCUGGAGUUUUGUAUUUGAGGACUUUGUACCAGAGGAGCUGAAAAAGAAAGUAUCUCAGAAGCUGGAGUCGGCACCAUGGUGGCUUCCUAUAGAAAGAGCAUUUUGGCGUCAGCCAUCGGGGCCAGGCUCUGGAAUCAAGGACAAGUUGGAUAUCCCAGUGCUGCAGGUGAGCUGGAAUGAUGCCCAGGCCUUCUGUAAGUGGCAGGGGAAGAGAUUGCCUACAGAGGAGGAGUGGGAGUUUGCUGCCAGAGGCGGGCUGACAGGGAACACCUACCCAUGGGGAAACACAUUUCAGGAAACUAGAUGCAAUCUAUGGCAGGGGAAGUUCCCUACAAUGGACUCUGCUGAGGAUGGUUAUCACGGUGUGUCUCCUGUAGCUGCAUUUCCCCCACAGAAUGCUUAUGGUCUGUAUGAUAUGCUGGGAAACACCUGGGAAUGGACAUCCACAGGAUAUAGCUCACCUGGAGAGGCCACACAGCAUAGACAGAAGAUGUAUGUGCUGCGUGGUGCUUCUUGGAUUGAUACCCAGGAUGGCUCAGCCAAUCAUAUAGCGCGAGUGUCUACCAGGAUGGGCAACACCCCAGAUUCUGCUUCGGAUAACCUGAGCUUUCGCUGUGCCAAAGACUUUUCCCGACCAGCGGUACACAGAAAAGAGGACCUCUGAGGAAAUGACUAAUACUCUUAAACAAAGAUUACUGCGGGUUAUAUUGAUACAGUGUAAGUGUAAUUUAUGUAUUGCGCGAGGAGACAAACUGGAUACAAAAGGAAAGCAGUCUUGUUACUUGAAGUAACACAUUUUCUAUUUCAUAGCUUUCUAUAUUAAAAUCCAAAUCCUCUUGUCUUGAGUUGCGCCCCUUGAUUUGGUUAUCAAUAUGAACUGAAUGUGUAGUUACAGGGACUCCCACAGGUACAGCAUUUUGUAAGCUCUAUGGCCCACAGUUGUGGAAUGAAUUGUUGACUGUGCUAAGUUCGGUCAGGUAAUUUAUUAUGAUUUUCAGUUAAUUUAUAUUCAUCUGUUCAUCAUAUCACUUUGACAAAAAUGAAGUAAUAAACCUUUAACCGUACCUAAUGACAUCAGCAAGGACAGCUCUGCAUGAAAAAUACAUGUGGAGAUACCAUAGUGUUUGGUCUUCUACAUAACAAGUUUCUGAUCUGUAGUGUAUUUUCUUUCUGAAAACCAUUUUGUUUUUUUAUCCUAACUUUAAUAAAGUUUUAUAAAUUAACAAGCGAA